CGGAUGGAGACGGUGGACGCCGACGUUGCAGGCGCACGGGCGGGGACAGCCACCGCGACUGACUGUUGACAUUCCGUCCACGUCGAGGAGUAAGUCUGGGCGCCAGCGUCACAGGAUCGACAAGACCAUGCUGGCAAGCCUGAAGGUCAAGAAGCAGGAGCUGGCCAACAGCUCAGAUGUGACCCUCCCAGACCGAUCGCUGUCCCCUCCUCUCACUGCGCCUCCCACCAUGAAGUCUGCGGAGUUCUUCGAGAUGCUGGAGAAAAUGCAGGGGAUCAAGCUUGAAGAGCAGAAGCCGGGACCCCAGAAGAACAAGGAUGACUAUAUCCCGUACCCCAGCAUCGACGAGGUUGUGGAGAAGGGAGGCCCAUACCCCCUGAUCGUCCUGCCCCAGUUUGGGGGCUAUUGGAUCGAGGACCCAGAGAAUGUAGGCACACCAACCUCCCUGGGAAGCAGCACCUGUGAGGAGGAGGAAGAGGACAACCUCAGCCCCAGCACCUUCGGCUACAAGCUUGAGUGCAAAGGCGAAGCCAGGGCCUACCGCAGGCACUUCCUAGGGAAGGAUCAUCUAAACUUUUACUGUACUGGCAGCAGUUUGGGGAACUUGCUCCUGUCCAUCAAGUGUGAGGAGGCCGAGGGCAUUGAGUACCUUCGGAUCAUUCUCAGGUCCAAGGUGAAAACAGUGCAUGAGCGGAUCCCCUUGGCUGGACUAAGCAAGUUGCCCAGCAUCCCUCAGAUUGCAAAGGCUUUCUGUGAUGAUGCAGUGGGACUGAAAUUCAGCCCUGUCCUGUACCCCAAGGCCUCCCAAAUGAUUGUGUCCUAUGAUGAACAUGAUGUCAAGAACACAUACAAAUUUGGAGUCAUUUAUCAGAAAGCCAGGCAGACCCUGGAGGAGGAGCUGUUUGGGAACAAUGAAGAGAGCCCAGCUUUCAAGGAAUUCUUGGACCAGCUGGGGAAAACGAUCACACUGCAGGAUUUUAAAGGUUUCCGAGGAGGCCUGGAUGUGACCCAUGGACAGACAGGGGUGGAAUCCGUGUACACGAUAUUCCGGGACAGAGAGAUCAUGUUUCACGUCUCCACAAAGCUGCCGUUUACCGAGGGAGACGCCCAGCAGCUCCAGAGAAAGAGACACAUUGGGAAUGACAUUGUUGCCAUCAUCUUCCAAGAAGAAAACACACCAUUUGUCCCAGAUAUGAUUGCCUCCAACUUUUUACAUGCCUACAUCGUGGUGCAGGCUGAGAGCCCAAGCACAGAGACCCCAUCCUACAAGGUCUCAGUCACUGCGCGGGAAGACGUGCCUGCCUUUGGCCCACCUCUGCCCAGUCCCCCCGUUUUUCAGAAGGGCCCGGAGUUCAGGGAGUUCCUGCUUACCAAGCUCACCAAUGCAGAGAACGCUUGCUGCAAGUCGGACAAGUUUGCGAAGCUGGAGGACCGGACGAGGGCUGCUCUCCUGGACAAUCUUCACGAUGAGCUCCACGCCCACACACAGGCCAUGCUGGGACUGGGCCCAGAAGAGGACAAGUUUGAGAAUGGGGGUCAUGGGGGAUUCCUGGAGUCUUUUAAGAGGGCCAUUCGCGUACGCAGUCACUCCAUGGAGACCAUGGUGAGCAGCCAGAAGAAGCCUCACGGUGGUGGCCUCCCUGGCAGCCUCAGCGGAGGCAUCUCUCACAACAGCACGGAGGUCACCAAGACCACCUUUUCGUUUCAUUGGCAGCCUCCAGUGGCAGCGGCAACGGUGAAGAACCAAUCACGGAGCCCCAUCAAGCGGAGGUCAGGGCUCUUCCCCCGUCUGCACACGGGCUCUGAAGGCCAAGGGGAUAGCCGGACACGAUGUGACAGUGCAUCUAGCAAUCCCAAGACCCCUGAUGGUGGACACUCUUCUCAGGAGAUAAAGUCUGAGACCUCAUCCAAUCCCAGCUCUCCGGAAAUCUGCCCCAACAAGGAGAAGCCCUUUAUAAAGUUGAAGGAGAACGGCCGAGCCAACAUCUCCCGCUCCUCCUCUAGCACCAGCAGCUUCAGCAGCACCGCGGGGGAGGGCGAGGCCAUGGAGGAGUGUGACAGUGGGAGCAGCCAGCCGUCCACGACCUCGCCUUUCAAGCAGGAGGUGUUUGUCUACAGCCCGUCCCCGAGCAGCGAGAGCCCCAGCCAGGGGGCAGCUGCCACCCCCAUCAUCAUGAGCCGGAGUCCUACAGAUGCCAAAAGCAGAAACUCCCCGAGGUCAAACCUGAAAUUCCGCUUCGAUAAGCUCAGUCAUGCCAGCUCUAGUGCGGGUCACUAAUGUGAAAGAGGAGUCCUUUGCCUGUCAAAGGGAAGCCCCGAUUCCGUCUUGGAGAAGGCUCCUAUUCCAGCAUUUGGGGGUGCCGUCCACUACUCUGACCAUCACAGGCCUGUUGCCCCACUGGCCACCUGCCCACCAGACCAGCUGUCUGUCCCAGUGUCCCGACCUGGCCACAGCCCUGCCCAGUCCUUCGUCAAGAUACUCUGACAGCCUCUUCCCAUCUCUGGACAAGGCCUCAUUCCUCCAGGCUCGCCUGCUCCUGACUGCCCAGUGUGCUUUGUGUCUAGGUCAUCUGUCAUCUUGUUUUGUCUGCAGAGGCAAGAGUUGGGCAAGGGAGGAUCUGGCUGCUGGGGACACAGAGACCAGAGAGGCAGAGAGAGUGGUGAGGUGGGGAACCGAGGCCAACAGCAGGACUGCGCCUGGGGAGGGGCAGCGCUGAGUCCUGGAUGUGGCAGGCACAGCAGAUGCAUUUAGUGGUGGUGGAGAGAGCACUCUUCCAGAAGCCAAGGUUUGUGGCUCCUCAAAGAUGUCCUGACAGAAGUCGGCUCUGUUGCUCUCACAUCUCUGGACUGCUUCUGUUUGCUUCUGUGCUAGGAGCUCCUUGCCCACCUGCUGACACCGGGCCCAGGGCCGCUUCCGUCCCUGCUGCCAGUGUGUCUUGAGCGACCUGGCCGGUUGAAGCCGAGACCGAGCUAGGUGUGUGUGGGAGCCGGCGCCACUUUCUUCCUUGAUGGCCUCAUUCACACAGGCCCCAGUGUGUUUGCUGUGGGAGAAGCCCUGUGUCAGUCUCUCCCCUUGGAGCAGAUGUUUUUUCCAUGAAUGGGUGGGCAGCCAGGAGUGAGAAGGGAAUCUCGGAGAGCGAGCCAGUGAGUGCCAGGGCCUUGGCUGAGCAGAACCUCAAACCCGAGGGCUAGGCCAGGAUCCAGGUCUCUGCUGGUUGUGGAAGUUUAUGAGAGAGACUUCAACCCACCUCUUAGGUGAGAGCUAGACAGGUGAGGUGGGGAUGACUUGUCAGGUUUUGUCAGGCCAGUGGGUGAGUAUAGAACUUAGGUGUGGGAAAAAAGGAGCGUCCUUCUGCAUUUUAUAUUCCCAGCAUCUGUGGGGGGCCCGGUGCUGCCUCGGGGGCUCUUUCUAGCUACUGUGCCCUUUGCCUAUGUCAGAGCUUGAUUCCCCAAUCCUCCUCUUCCCCUUUCCCACUGUGGGUCUGUAGGCAGUUGUCACAUUGGUGGGAUACGUGCAACCUGGUCACUAGCUGGCUCCAGUUUGGGCACCGCCACCCUGCACCCUCAGCCAGAGCUACCUUUGCUGGGGUGAGCCAGCUCCGUCUCUGAGGAGCAGCUUUCUCCUCACUUCUUACCCUUCCCAGUCUGCAGGUCGUUUCUGCUGACUGGCCCUGGUGGGGUUUCAGGCGGGGCAUCCUCCAAGUAAAAUAUAGAUCUGAAAAGCAGACCCUUAAUGGUGCUGCAGCUUCCAAUGUAUAUGGGGCCUCUGUGACCCGAGGCUGCAAGGGUGACUCUGGCUGGGCUCCUGCUUUAAUGAGCAGAUGACAAAGAUUUCCAAUAGGAUCUGGGCCUAUUCCCAAAUCAAGACACAUAAACAUUAUACUUGUUUUUGACUGAUGUGACAAUUUUCCCAACUGCUUUGAACAUUAGAGCAAAACCUCAAUCCUUUGUCCCCCACUCAUGUGGACAUUGUGGGACCCUCUCUGCAGGCUGGCGGACCUCUCCCCUCACACUGUUUGGGAAAUGUGUUUACUUAAAGUACUAGUCCAGUAAAAUUUAUUCUAGUUAGAAGGUCAACAAAUGUCUUUCGCUUUUAUUAAAAAUCACUGUAGCAGCACCCAUUGUUGGAAUGAGGCCCAGGGAUUCUGGCAGCAUUCUGUUGGCUGGGUUUCUGAAGGAACUUGGAAGGUCAAACCGCAUUUCUUUGAAAACAAUUCCAGAGUUCUGGCUCGCUUCUCUGGGUAGCUGGUAUUGACAGCCUCUUGGUGGUCGUGCUGUGUUGUGUCGUGGUCUGGGGGUCCCCUGGAGUUUCCAGGUCAUCCCUGCUCUAUCCUACUUGGGAACCUCAUACCCACCUUCCCCUGCUGCUCCGGCUGCUCUCCCUGCAGCCCCCACCUCCUGGGAGGGCUUCGCUCCUACCUCUGAGCCAGGGGCCAGGAUGGCUGGGUGUAUCCAGGGAAACGGAGAGGCACAGUUGUGACCUGAGAACUGGUAUCUACCCUCUGUUUGCUCAUGGGGGUGCUCAGGGCAGGAUCUGAUAUGUCCCUCCCUCUGGGGCCUGUGUCACCAUCUCUAGGAGUCCAUCCUAUGACUUCCAGCCCCGCUGAGGUUCCAGGGCUAAAGGCGAGGAAGAGAAUAAGAUUUGUAGUCUCCCUUCACCCCUGGGGACCAUGGGCAGGCAGCUUGUGUUCCUGGAGGCUGCCUCCUUCACACUCCCCUUGUAUCUUCUCUGGCCCCAAAUGUCUUUCCUUUUAUUGCUGCGCCCAGUCUUGGGGCUCAAAGAUUUGCUCAAGCCUCAUUGGUCCUUGUGACUAGACUCAUUCUGAUGGUGCUCAUGCUGGUACUUGAGGCAUUCUGUGUGUGAUCUCCUGGACACAGGAGAAGUGUUUCCUGGCAUGUCUCUGGCUCUGGGAACUGCCUGACCCAUGGAAGAAGCUGUAUUUGUCAGGCUCUGUAGGGUACCCGUAUGCCUCUGCUCAGUUGAUGCUUAAAAACAGAUUCAGAAAGAGCUCGAAAUAGAAGGUCUUAGCUAGAGUUUCUGUCUAUGCUAAUGAAUGGAAACUAGUAUUUCUUAGAAAGUAUUCUGUGGUUCAUCCUCGUUGGUAUCAUCUUGAUGUCCUUGCUUUCCCUGCCCCUUUUAGCAACCAUGUCAUCUUGCAGAUGAGAAGCCUCAGCCCCAGUGAGGGGAAAAUAACUUGCUUGAGGUCAAAUAACCAGCUAGUGGCAAAGCUGGGAUUAGAACACAUAACCCAGGGCUUUUUCUUUGGCACUGCCUACAUGGUCGAUUAAACAAAUGACUGCAUUUCCUAGGGCUCUGAGUUUUGUGGAAGCCAGUUAGCUGGUGUCUUGGCACUGACUGGGAGGUGUCAGCAGUCAAGGGUGCUGGCAGGGCCUCAAUCUCUGCCCUUUCAUCAGGAGGGAUAUCCUCUCGGAUUUUUCAGUAAGGGCCCUGGGGUUUUGGAUGCAGCUUGGGCAAAGCAAAGG